AUGCAGAAGUUUGGUUAUGGAACCGGGGUCAGUGUUUACCUGAUGAAGAGGUCUCCAAAGGGUUUGUCUCACUCCCCGUGGGCCGUCAAGAAGAUCAGUAAGCAGUGUGACAAAUCCAGCAAGAACGUUUAUGAGGAGAGGUUGAAUGUGGAGGCCAAGAUCCUAAAGGAUUUGCUGCACCCCAACAUUGUUGGUUAUCGAGCCUUCACCAAAUCUAAAGAUGGCAGCUUGUGUCUAGCAAUGGAAUUCGGAGGGGAUAAAUCUUUGCGUGACCUCAUAGAAGCCAGGAAUGAUGAGGAACUGGGCCCAUUCCCUGCUGCCGUUAUUUUGAAAGUAGCUCUACAUAUGGCCAGAGGCCUGAAGUACCUGCACAAUGAGAAGAAGAUCCUGCAUGGCGAUAUGAAAUCCACCAACGUUGUCAUCAAAGGUGACUUUGAGACGAUUAAGCUCUGUGAUGUGGGGGUGUCUCUGCAUCUGGAUGAAAACAUGACCGUGAAUGACCCAAAGGCCCACUAUAUUGGAACGGAGUCCUGGAAACCAAAGGAAACUUUGGAGGAAGGUGGUGUCAUCACGGACAAGGCUGAUAUAUAUGCGUUUGGCCUCACCUUGUGGGAGAUGAUGACUCUGUCCAUACCGCACCUCAACCUGCCAGAUGAAAACGAAUAUGAAGGUACAGAGGAUUCAUUCGCUGAAGAUGACUUCGAUGAGGACGCUUUUUAUGAAGCUUUGGGCACGAGACCAGCGCUUAACAUAGAUGAGCUCGAUGAGUCCUACCAGAAGGUGAUUGAAUUGUUCUUUAUUUGCACCAGCGAGGACCCCAAGGAACGGCCUUCUGCAGCUCAAAUUGUAGAGGCCUUGGAAGCGGAAGGUCUCAAGUAA